AGUCGAUCGUGGAGAGCUGUUCAUCAUCGAUAUUGUCCAUUUGAGUGACGAAUGGGCUAAUACAGAUCUUGGGUUGGGGAUGAUGGGACAUGUACUCGGUGUGGCUCGCCAUAAAUCUCUGAUACCCGCGUUUGUCCUAAUCGACCCGACCUUCUCUACUGGGGUGAUGCAGAAUAAUCCCGAGACAAAGCAUGGGCCAGCGUCGAAAGAUGCAGUCAUGGAUGGAUAUUCGCUCAUCGAUAUCCUUCGUUAUAUAGGCUUCCGACGCAUUGGAAUAUCUCGUUGCUUUGCAUUUGCAAACGAUCAGCUGCAUCCGUCUCGGAACAUGAGUGCUGCUGAAGAUCGAAAGUGGGACGAUAGGAUUGGAAAUUCUGGUCACCAAUUUAACAUGUCUGUAGAAAUGCAAAGCGAGGAAUAUUUUAGGACUGGCGCCAAAGCCGAGUCUCAUCUGCAGAAGUUGGCAACCACUCACCCUCUACAUUGGGCAACCAUGACUUUGCCUGUAGAUGAAUGCAUUCAGCUGUACUCAAACACCAAACGAGAUUUCGAGUUCGUCGUCCGCGAUCCAUUGUAUCGUAAUGUCCUGCAUGUGGCAGCUUCAGAACAGAAAGCCCAGUGCGUUAUCUGGCUGCUUCAGAAUGUCAAGAAACUUCAAUACUUGAAAACGGCGCGAAACCUGGCAGGAUAUACACCACUGGAGGAUCUGGAAGCUAGGCUUGAGACGAUCCGAACCUCAAUUCUAUACUUUGACGGGUUCCCUAUCAAUGCCGUUGUUUGUCUGGCAGCCCUCCUUGAUCAGGACCAGCUCGACGCUAUUGACCGCCAGAGAUUAAGAUUUGGUUGCAGUUGUGGUGGUUGCGUAGAGGGAUUCAUGUCUCCCCGAACACAAUUCGCGCUCAUGUGCAAAGCAACCAAGAUCUUCCACACCUUAGACCGUAAUAUUUAUGACACCGACGACGAACCAUGGACCCAGCAGUAUUCUCACAUCCUCCAAUACGUCAAGCCUGAAAUCCAAGAAAAUCUAGAACUCAGCCAGGAUCUCCGCCAAGGCUUCAUCAACCUCUUCUUCCACAUCGCUGAAAUCAUCGAGAACGGACUCAUCCCUAAUAUUGAAUCGGUCAAGAAAAACGCUUGGGAUAAAGGGGAUCGACAACCUACUGUCCCAAGUGCCAUCUUUGAGAAUGGGACGACUGAGGCGGCAAUUCAGAUUGUGUUUGAGAUGGCUAGGGACUGUGAUGAGUGGGCGGGCAGUGCGGAGCAUGAGGUUGAGGUUGAGGUUGGGUUUAAGGAGGAGGUUGAGAGGUUGCCGAGGUGUAGGAAUGAUCAUGAGUGGGAGCUUGUGGUUAGGAUGUGUGGGUUGAGGGAGUUGGGGAGGGGGAAGUGAUGGGUG